UGUGGGCGGGGGGUGGGGGGGCAAGGAACCUUGGCUAAGGCGACGGUGGCUGCUUGGGCACCCGCGGCUGGCGGUAGUGGCGGCUCCUUGUGCGGCUCGGCCAACUUUUUAGUUUGAAACAGAACGGAACCCUCGGCGUCGCGGGCCUCGCCCGGAAAGUUUGCGGAGGAGCCACGACCUCCUGGCCGGCGCGGCCCGGCAUGAAGCGGCGCUGAGGAGCCGCCGCCGCCGCCGCUUGAGGAAGAGCUGCAGUACCCCGGACCACGCCGAUGACUACUGCAAACUGUGGCGCCCACGACGAGCUCGACUUCAAACUCGUCUUUGGCGAGGACGGGGCGCCGGCGCCGCCGCCCCCGGGCUCGCGGCCUGCAGAUCUUGAGCCAGAUGAUUGUGCAUCCAUUUUCAUCCUUAAUGUAGAUCCACCUCCAUCUACUUUAAACUCACCACUUUGCUUACCACAUCAUGGAUUACCGUCUCACUCUUCUGUUUUGUCACCAUCGUUUCAGCUCCAAGGUCACAAAAACUAUGAAGGAACUGGUGAUGUUCCUGAAUCUAAAUAUAGCCCAUUAGGUGGUCCCAAACCCUUUGAGUGCCCAAGUAUUCAAAUUACAUCUAUUUCACCUAAUUGUCAUCAAGAAACAGAUACACAUGAAGAUGACCUACAUAUAACUGACCCAGAAGGAGAAUAUUUGGAGAGGCCUUCUAGAGAUCAUCUCUAUCUUCCUCUUGAGCCAUCCUACCGGGAGUCUUCCCUUAGUCCUAGUCCUGCCAGCAGCAUCUCUUCUAGGAGCUGGUUUUCAGAUGCAUCUUCUUGUGAAUCUCUCUCACACAUUUAUGAUGAUGUAGACUCAGAGUUGAAUGAAGCUGCUUCCCGAUUUACUCUUGGAUCCCCUCUGACUUCUCCAGGUGGCUCACCAGGGGGCUGCCCUGGAGAAGAGUCCUGGCAUCAACAGUAUGGACUUGGGCAUUCCUUGUCACCCAGGCAAUCUCCUUGCCACUCUCCUAGAUCCAGUAUCACUGAUGAAAAUUGGUUGAGCCCCAGGCCAGCCUCAGGUCCUUCUUCAAGGCCUACCUCCCCCUGUGGGAAACGGCGGCACUCCAGUGCUGAAGUUUGUUAUGCUGGGCCCCUUUCACCCCAUCACUCACCGGUUCCUUCUCCUGGUCACUCCCCUAGGGGAAGUGUAACAGAAGAUACCUGGCUUAAUGUUUCUGUCCACAGUGGAUCAGGCCUUGGCCCUGCACUUUUUCCCUUUCAAUACUGUGUAGAAACUGAUAUCCCUCUGAAAACAAGGAAGACAUCUGAAGAUCAAGCUGCCAUACUACCAGGAAAAUUAGAGCUCUGUUCAGAUGAUCAAGGGAGUACAUCACCGUCCCGGGAGACUUCAAUAGAUGAUGGCCUUGGAUCUCAGUAUCCUUUAAAGAAAGAUUCAUCUGGUGACCAAUUUCUUUCAGUUCCUUCACCCUUUACCUGGAACAAACCAAAGCCUGGCCACACCCCAAUAUUUCGCACAUCUUCAUUACCUCCAUUAGACUGGCCUUUACCAACUCACUUUGGACAAUGUGAACUGAAAAUAGAAGUGCAACCUAAAACGCAUCAUCGAGCCCAUUAUGAAACGGAAGGUAGCCGAGGGGCAGUAAAAGCAUCUACUGGGGGCCAUCCUGUUGUGAAGCUCCUGGGCUAUAGCGAAAAGCCGAUAAAUCUACAGAUGUUUAUUGGAACAGCAGAUGAUCGAUAUUUACGACCUCAUGCAUUUUACCAGGUGCAUCGCAUUACUGGAAAGACAGUUGCCACUGCAAGCCAAGAAAUAAUAAUUGCCAGCACAAAAGUUCUGGAAAUUCCACUUCUUCCUGAAAAUAAUAUGUCAGCCAGUAUUGAUUGUGCAGGUAUUUUGAAACUCCGCAACUCAGAUAUAGAACUUCGAAAAGGAGAAACCGAUAUUGGCAGAAAGAAUACUAGAGUACGACUUGUAUUUCGUGUACACAUCCCACAGCCCAGUGGAAAAGUUCUUUCUCUGCAGAUAGCUUCUAUACCUGUUGAGUGCUCCCAGCGGUCUGCUCAAGAACUUCCUCAUAUUGAGAAGUACAGUAUCAGCAGCUGUCCUGUAAAUGGAGGCCAUGAAAUGAUUGUGACUGGGUCUAAUUUUCUUCCAGAAUCCAAAAUCAUUUUUCUUGAAAAAGGACAAGAUGGACGACCUCAGUGGGAGGUAGAAGGGAAAAUAAUCAGAGAAAAAUGCCAAGGGGCUCACAUUGUCCUUGAAGUUCCUCCCUAUCACAACCCAGCGGUUACAGCUGCAGUGCAGGUGCACUUUUAUCUUUGCAAUGGCAAGAGGAAAAAAAGCCAGUCUCAACGUUUUACUUACACACCAGUUUUGAUGAAGCAAGAACACAGAGAAGAAAUUGAUUUAUCUUCAGUUCCACCUUUACCUGUGCCUCAUUCUGCCCAGACCCAGAGGCCUUCCUCGGAUCCAGGGCACCCACAUGACAGUGCCCUGUCAGCACAGAGAAGCUUGAUUUGUCCUGUCCAGCAACCAUAUACAUCCAUGGUAACCUCAUCCCAUUUACCACAGCUGCAGUGUAGGGAUGAGGGUACUGGUAAAGAACAACAUAUGACACCUUCAAUAGUGCACCAGCCUUUUCAGGUUACACCAACCUCUCCUGUGGGGUCUUCCUAUCAACCUAUGCAAAGUAAUGUUGUAUAUAAUGGACCAACUUGUCUUCCUGUUACUGCUGCCUCUAGUCAAGAAUUUGAUCCAGUUUUGUUUCAGCAGGAUACAGCUCUUCCUAGUUUAGUAAAUCUUGGUUGUCAACCACUGUCAUCCAUACCAUUUCAUUCUUCAAAUUCAGGCUCAGCGGGACAUCUCUUAGCGCAUACACCUCAUUCUGUGCAACCCUCGCCUAAUCUGCAAUUGAUGGGAUACCAUUGUUCAAACACAGGACAGAGAUCUCUUUCUUCGCCAGUGCCUGACCAGGUCGGGGGUCAGCUUUCCCCUCAGUUGCAACUUAUUACAUAUGGUCCUUCACAUUCAGGACCUGCAACAGCUUCCCCAGCAGCCUCUCAUCCCCUGGCUAGUUCACCACUUUCUGGGCCACCAUCCCCUCAGCUACAGUCUAUGCCUUACCAAUCUCCUAGCUCAGGAACUGCUUCAUCACCAUCUCUAGCCACUAGAAUGCAUUCUGGACAGCACUCGACUCAAGCACAAAGUACAAACCAAGGAGGUCUUUCUGCACCUUCAUCCUUAAUAUGUCGCAGUUUGUGUGAUCCAGCAUCAUUUCCCCCUGACGGGGCACCUGUGAGCAUUAAACCUGAUCCCGAAGAUCGGGAACCUAACUUUGCAACCAUUGGUCUACAGGACAUCACUUUAGAUGAUGUGAACGAGAUAAUUGGGAGAGAUAUGUCCCAGGUUUCUGUUUCCCAAGGCCCACAAAUUAGCAGAGAGGCUUCUCACCUGGGUCCUGCAUCCUUGGAUUGAGGAAGAUCUGACCAGCUCUGACCGUGCUUGCUGCAGCCUUGUGUCCACCACCAACUUCUCAGCAUGUUUCUCUUUUGGACCUUGAGUUUGCAACUCUCACCUUCAGGACCGGUGCCAGGGGUUGGACUCAGCAUUUGUGGAGAGUGGCAUUCCUCCACCUCUGGCCUUGUUUAGAUUUUGUAAAAGAAUCAGAGCAGCAUGGGCUGUUGAGCUGUGGAAAACUGAGCUUUGCAUUUUUUUAUAUUUAAAUAGGAUACUUUUAUAUGAUGGGUGCUUUGAGUGUGAAUGCAGCAGGCUUUCCUUUUCAGAGCUGCUGCUUUUGCAGAUCACUUGGUUGUGUAGCUAGGAUUGGUGAUUUGUAUUUUCUGGUCAUUUGAAGGGCCCUUUAGUUUUGAUACUUUAAAAAUAGGAACUUUUGAUAAAACCUUCCAGAGGCAAAUGGGAAAAAAAAUUAUCCUAAGUCCAUAGCUAUGCCUCAGAAACUCAGCAUGUGUCCUGAAGCCAUAGAUUCAUAGGAAAUAAAGCCAAAUGUAGCUCAUACUCUUUAUAAAAAUAAAUUGUUGUUAGAUAAAAUGAGAAGAGACCAUUCCAUCAUUCAAGUGUUGGAAUAUAAAGACAUUCCAGAGCAUAGCCUUUUUAUAACUUUCUAGGUCAUCUUCCUGCAGUCUCUUACUGGCUCCAUGUUGAAACUGCUUUUUUUUCUUCAAGAUUAUAGGUAAGAUGGCUACUUGCAAGGUGACUUUGAUAGCAGUCACCAAGCAGUUUUAGCUUGGAAACUUUCAUGUUAUUGCCAUCCUAAAAACUAGUGCUCUAUUUGUGUUGUCUGGCCCCAGAUCCUUUUCCAAGCAGGAACAUCAGCCUUUGGGGUUCUGUUACCUUUGAAGCCAGUCUCCUGAUGGCCAGGCAGCUUUGCAGUUGUUACUAUUCUAGAGGCCAACCUAGCUGUGUCAGGAGCUAACACAGAUGAGCUGUGCAUCAGGAUGGGCAGAGAAAAAUGCAGAAUUCCAGAUGGGAAGGCUUAUCUCCCAUUCUCUUUACAGCUUGAAAUCAUUCUGGCCUACCCUGUCCCAUGUGUAUGACCUAAACACCAGCCUUUCCAGAAGGCACUGAGGCAUGUUUAAAAUGAGGUGGCAUCAUAGACCUUACCCUCCACACCAAAGAUGCCCUGGUGCUGCUGCUGGUGACUGGCAUCCAAGGCAGAGGCCAGCAGAAACUCUAGCCUGCUAUCUACCAAAGGAGGUGCCCAAGUUGGGUACUUUUUCCAAAUCCUGCCCUUAAGCCUGCCUCCAGUGGGAUUUGUUACUUGUUUCUAGGCCUAUUUCAAAAGCCCUGAAGUUUGUAGAAUACAUUCUUAAAUGAAAUAAUAAACUUCAUUCAGGAAGCAAAUUUUUUGAGUGCCUGCACCUGAGAUAGUGUGUUGGGCUGGUUGAAGACUUGAUGUUAUUCCAGUGGAUUGUGGAUGCCAGGACAUUCUCUACUGAGGUCAAGUCAGGCCUGAGCAAAGAGCUGAUGUGUUGGUCACCCCCUUUAGUCAGCCGGGUAGGAGCUGUUGAUCCUGUGUGAAGUAUGGUCUUGUUUUAUUUUUUUUUUUUUUAAACUGUUUUAGAUAUCUCCCAUAAAAAUAGAGAACAGUGUUACUCAGCAGAUCACUAUGGUCCCUCUUAGAGCUGAGUGUUUCAAAUUUUCUUGGAAAGUGGGUUAUGUGUCUGAAUGUGGAUUGUCAGAUUUUCUUCAGGGCCUUGGUUGGAAGCCCACAGCUUCUACCCUUGCCCCUGGGGUAGCUGCCUCACAUAGGGUCCUGCAAGACCCUCUAGGGGCUGCUUUGCUGCCCUCAAGAAUAAAAGCCUCUGUGGUCCAGAGUUGCUAUGCACCAAAUUUUGAUGCCUUUUAAAUACCUUGAUGCCUGUAGCACUAGCAACGCUUUCCUAUUUAAAAUAAAAGUUAAAUUUUAAAAUAGAGCUUUGUAUACUAUGUAAGCUGUUUUAUAUUAGCUUUGUAAAAGCUUUCAGGUAAGAGUCAAUAUUUUUUGUCUUUGUAGAUGAAGAGUUAAAUUUUUGUGCAACAGAGUAGUAUUAAAGCACACAUCCAUUGGACUAUGCAAAUUGACUUCUAGUAGCAGCACAUACCCUUCCCUCUCAGACCUGUGCUGUUUUAGAUUGGGGAGUGGAACAAGCAGCCUUCUGCUUACUAGAGAUACAGAGAAUAUGGCUGAAAACAGCUUUAAAAGCAACAGAAGUUGAGUUUGCAUGCAGUGCUGCUGCCCAGGUUCUAUCCCACCCCCACCCAGGGCCAGCCAUUAUCACCAGACCGCUGCUGGGCCUGGCCAUGAAGCCCUGCUUGUGACACUCAGAACAGAUGUCAUCUUUAAGGCACAAGUUGAAACCUUGUAUUUGAUAAAAUGGAUGUUCAGUAAAGGAACUGGUUCUCAGUUAUGUUUACAGCACUUGGGAUUGUGUUUUCUUGUACAUUUUAUAUUUUAAAACCUUUUAUAGGAGUGCAGUACUCCUUACACAAAUACAAAGGGAAGAGGCAGCUGUUCAGGCUCCUCCUCAGUUAUAGUGCUGAAAUAAUAAACGGUGACAGAUGAACAGUC